GCUGUACGAACUGAAAAGGUAAACAACCUGAGGAGACAGCUAGCCGCAAAGCAGGCAGUGUUUACGCGACCUGUUAAUAAGAGUAAAACUGCCACGAUAGCGUCUUACCGUGUGAGUCGUGUUCUGGCAAAGCACAAGAAAUGUUUUAAAGACGGCGAAGUUUUCAAAGAAGCCUUUGUGGAGGCCGCGGAUGCACUUUUCGCUGACUUCAAGAACAAGAAGGAGAUCAUGUCGGCUAUUCAAGAAACCCAGCUAUCCAGGAACACCAUUACAAGGCGGUGCGAGACCAUGUCAGAGGACAUUGAACGACAGCUUAGAAAUGACAUUGAGAGCUGUCUUUGUUUUUCGCUGCAAUUUGACGAAUCAACUGAUGCUGUGGAUGUGGCGCAGUUAUGUGUUUUCAUUCGGAUGGUUUUUCAUAACAUGACGGCAAAAGAAGAGAUUCUGACAAUUUUGCCUUUGAAAGGGCACACAAGAGGGUCGGAUGUUUUUGACACGUUUAUGGAGUUUGUCAGUAAGUCGCAUUUACCCCUCUUCAAACUUACGUCAAUCACAACUGAUGGGGCUCCAUCUAUGGUUGGGCAUACUGCUGGGUUCGUUGCUUUGUGCAAGCAGUCGGAAUCUUUCCCUGAUUUUUUGAACUAUCACUGUAUCAUUCACCAACAAGGGCUGUGCGGGAAGAUUUUGAACAUGAAGGACGUCAUGGACGUAGCUAUAAAAAUCGCGUGCUCUUUUCGGGCCAGGAGUUUACAGAGGCGCUUAUUCCGUGCCCAGCUCGAGGAGGCAGGUGCAGACCACACCGAUCUGCUGCUGCACACCGACGUCAGGUGGUUGAGCCGAGGCAAAUUCCUCGAAAGAUUUUUGGAACUUUUGCCCGAAAUUAAAGAGUUCCUGAAGCACACAACUACCCAUGCUGCUGCUUAUACUCAGCUGGAGGACGGUCAGUGGCUCGCUGAUUUGGCUUUUCUCACAGAUGUCACCAAUAAGAUCAAUGACUUGAAUCUCGAGCUGCAGGGGAAAGGAAAGCACAUCGCCAACAUGAUCAGUUCAGUGAACACCUUUAAAACGAAGUUGCGCCUGCUGGUACGCAGGUUGCAACAGUGUGAUGUCAGGAACUUUCCGCACUUGGAGGCUGAGCUCCGCCGUCAGGGCAAAGACAGUGUGGAACUUGCUCGUUAUGAGCAACAGAUCCAAAACAUUCUUUUGGAGUUUGAGCGCCGGUUUACUGACUUUGCGUCCAUUGAGCCUGUUGCUCAGUUUCUGUGCUUUCCAUUUGGUGAAAAUGUUGAUGUGGAUUGCAUUGCGCCCAAAGUAGCCACACUCUUCAGCCUGGACUCCAGUGCUGUCGAGAAUGAAAUUCUCACACUGCAAAAUGACAUUGAGAUCAAAUGCAGAGCAACACCUGGGAUAACUGGCGAAUUCUGGAACCUGCUGCUGGAAGAGAAGUAUCCAAACCUCAGACAAUGCGCACUGAAUAUGACUUCCCUUUUUGGAUCAACAUAUUUGUGUGAGUCUGCCUUUUCACACAUGAAAAUAAUCAAGUCCAAGUACAGAACCACACUGACUGAUGACCACCUCGCAGCCUGCUUAAGGCUGGCACUCAACUCCUACUGUCCGGAUUACGAGAAGCUAGCUGCCUCCUCCCAGUGCCAGAAGUCCCACUAAGAUUCAUUUAAAUCCAACUGCUGGUUUCCCUGCUAUUGCCACUCUCCAGUGAAGUUUAUCAUUUUGAAAUAUUGGACUUCUCUUCUCCUUCCUGCUUUGAAGUUAUCUCUUCUGGUUUCACAGUCUGUCUCUUUGUAGCUGUGUCAGAAAAUGUCGGGGAAAAUGAAGAGCAGGAACGCGGACUCGGCGUCCGGUAGUGUGUCCUGCGAUGAGCGCAUCCUGAAGGACUGCCAUCAGAUAUACACCGAUACAGCCAGCGGAUUAAUAACAAUAGCUCAGUCUGUUGGCGUGACUUUGCUGCCUCCCAGGAAGAAGAUCACUGUGAUGUUAAUGGGGAACCACUCAGCUGGGAAAAGCUCCUUCAUCAACUGGUACGUAGAGGAGCACAUCCAAAGGACAGGAGUUGCAAUUGAGACACAGGGAUUCACUUUUGUUACUAGUGGGCGCAAGAGGGAGUCACUUACGGGUAAUGCAACUCUCCACCUGUAUCCUCACUUUAAACCACUUCAGGAGAUUAAAGGUGUGUCUGAAUAUGUUGGCACUGAGAUCUGCACUUCUCGGCAGAAGCGUUUCAGUUUGGUGACUUUUGUGGACACUCCUGGACUGGUGGACGGGGAUAUGAAAUAUCCCUUUGAUGUGGACCAGGCCAUCCUUUGGCUAGGUGAUGUGUGUGAUUUGAUCCUGGUCUUCUUCGACCCGAUGGGACAAGCUCUGUGCAAACGCACUCUCAACAUCGUGGAGCAACUCAACGAAAGGCAGGGAGAUCGACUCCGCUUUUACCUCAGCAAAGCUGACGAGGCUGGGGGAGAGUCAGACAGACAGAGAGUCAUGAUGCAGAUUGUGCAGGAGUUGUGUAAACGCCCAGGACUCAACAAGUGUGGCUUUGACAUGCCUACUAUCUAUAUCCCUAAUCCUAACAAGCCCAGUCGAUGUGUCAAUCAGAUUGAGGAGGUGUGUCGCAGCAUCGAGAAGACCAUAAACCAGACGGUACAGAACACACUCAACACACUGGAGAAGGACUGCGAGCUCAUCUGCGAGGCUGUUACUGAUACGCUCAACAAUGACCGGCAGUGCAGUAUAGAGAACAGGCGUGCCCGCUGUAAGAGCUGUGUUUUGAGUUUACUGGGCUUCUCCGUGCCCUUACUGCUGCUCUUUACUCUGGUACUCGGCAGUCUGUCCAGGGAAUUGCUGGAGCUAGCACUGGGUGCUGACGGCACUGAGACGCUCUCGCUCUCUCUGGCUCCUAUAGUAAAAGCAUCUGAAUCGCUGUCUGUUGAAACACAGCUGUAUGUUUGUGGUGGCCUUGUGCUGCUUUCCUUCAUCCUCCUUAUCCUCGCUCGCUUCUCUUCCUGCACGAGGCCGACACUGUCUGGAAAACAAAAGAGGCGGUUGCAAGAAAAACUAGAUUACGUGCAGGAGGUGGUGAAAACUAAAAAGAGGAAGCUGUAUGAGGAGUACCUCCGGCAGAGUGUUGGGGAUCAGGAUAUGGAUUAAGGUUUUCGGUUGAAGAUCUACUGGAGUGAUGAAUGAAAAGAGUAGUGAAUAAAUAGAAUAAGGAAAUCAGUCACUACUAAACAUUUCCUGCACUGUAGAACAGCAACAGUAAUGUAGACUCGAGCUUUCCGGGAGCACCCUCCAGAUGUGGGGGUAGAAGUAAACUUAUCAAUUAUUUAUCAAUGUUUUCUUUUCCUCAUAUUGUCAGUAGUGUUUUGAAGGUUGCUGUAAUGGCAAGCACUUAGAACAUGUCCCAACACACUACAGUAUUUUUUUUUUUUUUUAAACCACCUAUUUAACAUAUUACCUACCAAAUUCUGUCCUUUACAUCGUGUUUUGUACGAACUGCCUUGCACUGACUUUAUAAUGCAUCAGUUGUGCUGCUUUGAAAUUAUUCUCAUUCCAACAUGAAGCUUAAUGUAUACCUCACCAUCACUGUACGGUAUGAUUUUAACACAAUGAAGUGGUCAUUUCUUGUUUACAGUACAACUUUCAAGUAAAGCUUAUACAAAAGCUGUGCUAGGACAGGAUUUUUACUAAACGAGAAUAAACCAUGUUUGUAUGCCUUUGUCACUUUUUACUGUUUUCUUAU